AUGAGGGCCGACACUUUCACUCUUUUUGCCCUGUUGUCGGGUGUUGCAUCAUCUCAGUCAUCUGGAAGUCCUCUGCCGGGUGGUACAGGCAAAUACAUUGUCCAAUUCUCUGAGACUGGAUCAAACAAAUUCAGGAAACGUGAUGGAGCUCCUGAUACGGCUGGCUUUUACGACAUUCUGGCUACUAAGAACGCCGAUGUGAAGCCGGCCCUGAAUUUUACUUCCGAUGUCUUCCAUGGCAGCUCCUUCCACGUUUCUGCCAAUAAAACGCAAGCAACGUUGGACGAGAUCUCUGCACUGCCGGAAGUGUCAAACAUUUGGCCUGUGCCAAUCAUGUCAUUACCGUUUGUCCCAGCAGCGUCCGAUAAUGACUCUUCAACGACUCAGAAAUGGGAUAUACACAAGAUGACAAACGUGGACCGGCUGCACGAUCUUGGCCUUUUCGGUGCUGGUGUGGUAGUAGGAAUUGUGGACACCGGCGUUGAUUACACACAUCCAGCACUAGGAGGCGGAUUCGGCCCAGGAUUCAAGAUUGAAGGCGGUUACGACAUUGUAGGGGAUAACUACGACGUCGGGGGGACACCUAUCCCUGACGACGAUCCAAUGGACUGUGCCGGGCACGGUACGCACGUGUCUGGGAUUCUUGCAGGACAAACGGACGAUUUCGUUGGUGUCGCGCCCGAAGUGCGCAUUCGCAUGUAUAAAGUCUUCGGUUGCAGCGAUUCGACAGAUGGGGAUGUCAUCAUCGAGGGGUUCUUACGAGCCUUCGAUGACAACGUAGACGUCAUCACAGCAUCCUUAGGCUCCUCCCAAGGUUUCGCCGACAGUGCGCUGGCUGUUGUUGCGUCAAACAUCCAGGCAACCGGCGUCUUUGUCUCAAUUGCAGCUGGUAACUCCGGGGCCAAUGGUCCGUUCUACACUAGCGACGGGGGAAACGGGGUGAAGAGCACGGCUGUUGGGAGCGUACAGUCGCCCAAUUACGUCGCAUACCAGACCUUGGCUAGGUCUACAAGCGGUGAGACAAGACAGAUACCAUAUCUCGACUCAAGUGGCGGACAAUGGAAACUCAACGGAAGCCUCCAGGCAGUGUUCGUUCCCGAUGAGCUAGAGCAUGAUAGCUGCAAAUCUGGGUUUAAUGCAAUCCCAAGUGAUCAAGUGAUGGUUGUUCCUCGGGGAAACUGUUCUUGGCAACUGCUUGACAGUAGUGCUUGGUCAAAGGCUAAAUAUGUCUUCUGGUGGAACUUCGAGAAUACGCCAUAUGAGAUCCCUAAUCGUGUGCUGUAUGACUCAGUUAAUCAAGCGGCCGGAUUUGCGCUUAUAUCGUACGAUGAUGGGUUAUGGCUUGUAUCGCAACAGGAGAGCGGAAAUAACGUUACAUUCUCCUUCGAGAUUGGUGGCGACGAUGCUAUUGCGCUGCCACUAAACAUUAGUGCCGCAGGCUCGAUGAACACUUGGAGUUCUUGGGGCCCUACAUACGACGGACGGAUGAAGCCCGAGAUCUCUGCACCUGGUGGCAUAAUCUUAUCAACGUGGCCAGUUUCACAAGGGAGCUGGUACACCGCCUCUGGCACCAGCAUGGCCACUCCUUAUAUUGCUGGGAUUGCAUCUCUUUGGUUAUCUCUAAAGGGUGGGCGCAAGGUCUUUGGUGUUGAAGCGGGGAAUAUCGUUCAUAAUCAAAUGAUCGCCAGCGGUAAAACUUUGAUUAAUGGUGAUGGUAGUGGAAACUUAUCGUCUGUGGCCCAGCAAGGCGCAGGACUGGUAGACGCCUACAAGACUGUCAUGUACAAAACCUCGAUCAUCCCGUCGAAUAUCGACCUUAACGACACAGACCAUUUCUCAGCGAAGCAUACGGUGGAAGUAAUUAAUGACAGCAACGAUCAGGUUGUCUAUAACGUCACACAUGCACCGGGCGUCUCGUUUCUAUCAACUGGCAAUCCCGUCUACUGGGUGAACCAGGUUCCCCCAUACUAUAGUGGAAAAGAGAACGCAGCAACCGUUGAAAUCGAACCUAAUAUGCUCAUAAUCCCAGCACAUGGACGAGCUUCCUUUAACCUCCAAUUUUCUCAGCCAUCAGGUUUAAACGCCACCUUACUUCCUGUUUAUGGAGGCAAUGUCUACGUUGACGGUUCCAAUGGUGAAUCGACAAAAGUUACAUACAUGGGAAUCAAAGGGAGCAUGUACAACGAGCCUGUAUGGCAAGAUAAUCAGCCGCUGUAUCUUUCACCAGCUGGCGGUAGCAUGAAAGCGAAUGAGACAUACAAUUUCCGCAGUGGGUAUAUCCCAAAUGUCCGCUUUCCCAUGCUCUGGGGUACAAGAGAAUGGAGUUUCGAUCUGGUUUCAGAAGACUGGACCCCAUUGGACUGGUCAUAUCCUCCAAUUGAUGGUCAGAACAAAUUUUCCGGUUCACUCGUCAAUUAUGAUGUCCUCAACGAUAUAUACAACCCUUUCCCCAUUCGAAGUUUCCCGAGAAACAAUGGGGCAUUCCAAAUCAACUUUGCCGCGAAUUUCUCAAGCGGAGUGCCUAUCCCAGAUGGUCGGUACAAGCUUUUGACUAGGGCUUUGAAGACCUUCGGCGACAAGUCGAACUUUUCUGACUGGCAGACACGUAUUUCGCCGGUCUUUACAAAUAACAAUACAUUUUAG